AUGACGGCAAACCAGACCUUGGUACAUGGCUGGAAAUCGACCGAUUGUGGACGAGGGACGAGCGACAUCCUAUGGAGUUGCCUCUCCACUAUACUCCUCUGUGUUUGGACAGUGAUCCAUCUUCCGCUUCCAUGUUGUUCAGUUUUCCAAAAUGGUCAACCCAUACGAGGCGAACCAUCGCGGCGGUCUUUGAGAAAUUGGAUCAUCAGAAAUGGGAUCGUGCCAGCAGUGGUCAGUGUCAUCGCCCCGGAGUUCUUGACCUUUACCGCCAUCAGCGAGCUAAUUGAAGGUCGGAGGAUCAAAAAAAUGAUGACCGAAAUGAACUGGACUCUGACCCAUAGUUUGUUUCUGCAAAUGGGCGGUUUCUGUCUUGAAACCCCUUCAGGGAAACGUCUGCAGUUCGAUGCCAUUGAAAUACAGUCUGCAAUAGACGCGGGCAAGGGAACAGGACAUCGAUCUCCAGACUGGCUUUCCAAGCUCGAGGAGGUGGAGGAAUCUCAUAUCAACGACCACGCCAUGUCAAGCCCCUUGACGAAAUUCAUUGCUUGUAGCCAGGCGCUAUGGAUGGUGACUCAAGUCAUAGCACGAGUAUGUCGGCAUCAGGCUGUAACGCUCUUGGAAGUCAGUACAUUGGCGUACGCAGCCUGUGCAUUGAUUGCUUAUGUCGCUUGGUGGGAGAAACCACAGAAUGCUACUUUGCCGAUCAUAAUUCCCUGCUUUGAUGAAGACUUUCCUAAAGGACGUACAGAGGAUCCAAUGUACUGUAGCGAUGUUGAAUUUUCUGGGUAUCUUUGGGCUGGCCAGAAUUGGGUAAUACAUGUUUCAGGCAGAGAUGAAGCAAAACUUAUUGACGGGGGACUCGUUCCUCUUUGCCCAGCAAUCUUCGGCGCCAUUCACGUUGCGUCAUGGAACAUCAGACUUCUUUCAAAUGUGGAACAGUGGUUGUGGCGAGCAAGCGCUCUAUAUUGCUGCACCGCAGGUUUGCUUAAUCUUUCUGUUGGUAUUGAUUCCUUGCAUCUGCGUAGGCUUGUCUUGGAUUCGAGAAGCUACGGCGGGAUGGUCUCACCAUGGACGCGGCUCGUCAUUGUCUCGCUUUACGUUCUCGUCCGGCUAUUCAUGAUCGUUGAGGCUUUCGCGAGUCUCCGAGAACUACCUCCCAGUGCCUACGAGUCUGUACACUGGUCGAGCUUUAUUCCUCACACGACUUGA